GUGGACAAAGAUGCAUUGGAUGCCCAGGUCAAGGAUAGGAAAAUUCAAGAAGCAGCUGAAAAAGCACGAAAUGAAGAGCUUGCUAAUGAAAUGAAGCAAAAUGACAAGAUCGUGUGUAUGUUAGAACAACAACAGAAAAAUGAUAUCAGAAAUAUAAGAAAGGCUAUCAAUGAAUUUCAGAAGAAUUUUCAGAAGCCAGAAACCAGACGUGAAUUUGACCUGUCUGAUCCACAAGCUCUAAAGAAGGAUAGACCUGCUCGACUUUCAGACACUGAUCCUCGAUGUACUGUAUCGGGCUUGCAGAAGUUUAUGGGUGAAGACUUGAACUAUGGUGAGAGAAUCAAAUUUCAAAAGGAGCAGUUAAGAGAGUGGUCUCUUCAGCAACAGAAAGACUUGAAGAAUGCUUUAGCUGAUCAAAAAUUUGCAGAUUAUAUUUAUGACAAGAAUAGGAUUGAAUUUGACCAAAAGUCUAUGGAGCAACAACGAAAAGAAGAAGAAAACAGGCGCGCCGUUUGUGCAGCUACUAAAGAUUACAAUAGAACCCAGGCUACUGAACUAGCUGAGAGAAAGAAGUUGGAAAAGCAUCAAAAAAUAAAGGAUGACAUGGAUGAAAUUUGCAACCACCUUCAAGGAGACUUUCUGACCGAAAACCCUGAACAAGCAGUCAGUUCCUUUGGUAGACAUCGUGUGAUCCCAGACCGAUGGAAAGGAAUGAAUCGGGAUCAACUGAUGGCAAUCCGUUACUCUCAACAGCAACAAGUUCUGGAGAAACAGAGACUAAAAGAGGAAGAACGCCGGAGAGAUGCCGAAUGGGACAGGCAAAGAAUACAGGCUGCAAGAGCGCACUUGGUUUUAGAACGGCAUCAACAACGACAGAAUCGGGAACGCCGCCAAGCUUUAGAUAUCAUAAACAGAGACCUAUCUCUUGAGCAGAAAUCAAAGAACAUUUAUCUUAAAAACGAAGAGUAUUCAAAUUUUCCAACAGACCAGUAUUACGCACAGUUUAAUACAACCAGCCGAUGA